AAACUCCCCAAAACUCAAUCCUAGCCGUCCAUCUUAGUAUCUUACCACGAUUUACAGCGGUUAUUACAACCUCUCUAACCAUAAUCCAACCCACUCCUUCCUAAUCCAACGGUCCAACUUCUCUCUCUCUCUCUCUCUCUUACACACAGAAAACACAAAAACAAACAGCGAGAGAGAAAAAGCAAAGAAAACACAGAAAACACAAAGCGAAGAGAGAGAGAGAGAGAUUGAGUUUUUUUUUUUUUACAAAUCAAAUCCCGAACCAUUCUCAGCUAUCGUCUUAUAUUUAUCGAAGAUUUCAUACGACGUCGUUUUUUUUCUUCUUUCGGACAAAAAAGGUGGUUUGGGUUCUAAAACGGUGGCGUUUUGUUUGUUUUUGAUUUUAGGGUUCUGAAACAAAAAGGAUUUGCGUGUGGAUUUGUUUGCGUUUUUUUUUUUUUUUCUUAGUUGUUAUAUAUAAUUUAUGGGACUAGGAAACGACGACGUUUCGGUUGUCGACGACGAAGGCGGUACUGAUAGUAGUGUUGGUGGAAAUGGAAGCAAAAAAGGUUUCGGUGGCUUCGUCUCGUGCUCGAUUUGCCUCGAGGUCGUGGCCGAUAAUGGCGACAGAUCUUGGGCCAAGCUUCAAUGUGGGCAUCAAUUCCAUCUCGAUUGCAUCGGUUCAGCAUUUAAUAUAAAAGGUGCGAUGCAGUGCCCUAAUUGUCGGAAGAUUGAGAAAGGCCAAUGGCUUUAUGCUAAUGGCUGUCGUACUUUUCCGGAAUUAAAUAUGGAUGACUGGACCACCCACGAUGAAGAUCUUUAUGAUCUUAGCUACUCAGAAAUGUCGUUCGGGAUUCACUGGUGUCCAUUUGGUAGCUUAACGCGUCUUCCUUCAUCAUUUGAGGAAGGGGAAUUUUCGUCAAGUGCAUAUCAUGAUCUACUGGGGCAACAUGCUAUCUUUGCCGAACAGACAGCUGUAUCAUCUACUCAUCCAUGCCCAUAUAUUGCUUACUUUGGACCAAUCCAUCCCUCAUCCUCAAAUUCCAAUGGUAAUGUUCCAGAGGCUGCUAGCUUAAAUAAUCACUGGGGCCCAUCAGUACCUAGUGAGAUGCCCACUUCCUAUGCUUUUCCUGCCAUGGAUCCUCAUUAUCACAGUUGGGAGCACCAUUCCUCUCCCUUCCCUACGUCCAGCAGCCGUAUUGCUGCACCUGAUCGGCCUUCUGUUCUGCCUGGCACUCAAAGGUCGGCAAGGACCAGCUCUGAUAUACCAAGAUCAGGAUCUUUUAUGCAUCCAUCAUUCCUUGUUGGUCACAGUUCUGGUGGUAGACCAGGGAGUUCAGUGGGUUCUUCAAUGAUUCCUCCUUACCCUGGCAGUAAUGCUCGAGCCCGUGAUAGAGUCCAAGCUCUUCAGGCAUACUAUCAGCAACAGCAGCCAAGCAAUUCAACAUCCAUGCGCACACCCAUCAUUUCUGGAAGCCGAAGAUCCAGCAAUCAUAGAGGCAUGGCUCAAGUGGGACCAGUGGCCUCAUCAUCUGACCAAACUGGUGCCUUUUAUAUUGUCCCACCAGGUUCAUCAGGUCGUAACUAUCAAGAAGCAGAAAAUCCUCUGUCAAGUCAGUUCCAUUCGUGGGAAAGAGAUCAAAGAGAUCACUUGCCGUCAUUCUCAUUGAACCAGGUUGACAGAGAGUCAGGUUGGGGGUCAUAUCACCAAGCUGCUAGUGGGUCAGAUUCCAGUAUCAGAUCCAGCAGCUUCCGUCAAAGGCAUGGAUCCGAGAGGACAUCUGCACAAAAUCGGUCAUAAAUUUUAUUCCUUGUCCUUUUCCGGUGAAGCAAACUACCACUACUAUGCUGAAACCAAAAUUUAUGUAUGCUUGAGAAAAAUGAUAUAUCAUGCUUGGAGUUUGUCAGAUCUUGGCAGAUUCAAAAAAAAAAAAAAAAAAAACUGUGGAGUGGCCACCCAAAAGGUGCUUUUUGGCCGGCCACAUGGUGGUGUGAUGGACUUUGGCUUCCUCUAGUUUCUUUGCCUUUUGAGGAUAUAAAAUAAGAUCACAUGCUAGGUGGAAACAAUAGGAUUUGGGCAGUAGUCCUGCCAUUUUCAUAUCAACUUGAGUGACCCACAAUCUUAGACUCUUGAGAAGCCCCAUGGUAUAUUGGACCAACUGCUUUUCAGGGUUACUGUUUAGUGGGUCUGUCUAUUUAUGUCCAAAAACAUUCCCUUCUCUCCUUUGCAAACACUUGUGGAUUUUUAUGAGCAAAGGAAACGUGUAUAAAAAUCAGUUUGUGCUCAAACAAUAUAUGGGAUAUCCAUUAAUUGGCCCAACUUUGUAUUGGUGUUGGUCUUAUAAAAUGAGCUUUUACGUUA